AUGGCGGACAGCGACGACGAACUCGAGCCAACGCUGGUCAAAGUCCUCCCACUCGCGCUCGAAGAAACUUCAAAGAAGAGGAAGGGGAGCAGGGAGCAAGACCAGCAUGAACAAGAACACGUUGAAAUCGCGAACAGAAGGAGACUUGUCCCGAGAACGAGGAAAACGUUGCAGAAGAGACAAGAUGAAAAAGGCAUCGAACAGCAAGAGAUCAGCAAGUCCAACGACGAUCAGGCUGAGCAGCAUCGAAAGGGCGCCAAAGCGAGCAAAGAGAAGAAGGAAGCUGAAGCUGCAGUCAAAGAGGAUGAGAACGACAAAAAUCAGAAAGUCGAGUCCCAGCCCGACCAACAUGAGAAGGCUGAUGUUGACGGCAAGCCAACCCACGAAGAGGAGAAUCACAGCGACGCGAGUGACAACGACCACGAUACGAAUAAUCAGAAUCGGAAGAUCGACAGACCAGAAGGUGACAGUCAGAAAUCCAAGACUCAAACCAACGAGUUCGAAAUCGAAGAUUCAGCGAGCGGUCGCGGGUUGCUUGCACGUGCUGCGUCUACGGUCACCAAGCUGCAUAUUUGGUGGAGAGGAGGCAAAGCAGUGACCGAACCCACGGAACCUGCGAAAGACACCUCGGAUGAAGUUCACAAGAAAGCAAACGACGAGCAGGAUGAACAAGAUACUUUGCAGCAGAACGUCGAAGUUCCGGACGAAAAGAGCCAGCAAGCCAAAGACUUAUCCCCAGUGCCUCUGCCGGAUACGCCGCCAACAAGUCCGGUGGCCUACCGCCCGACGCCUGCAGCAUGCUUCCCUUCAUAUUCAGUCGUUCACCAAUCGAUGCCUGCCGCUUUCUUCUCUUCGGCGCAAAGCUCUGCAAGUGAUGAUGACGGUGAGCCGCCACUGAUGAAGGUCUUCCAAGUCGGCCAACAAUCGAAGGAAGAUCUGGAGCAAGGGGUCAACCAUACGGCCCAGGACAGUGAGAAGCAGGGUGAUGAAAUUGAAAAUGAAGGUAAGCAGGUUAAAGUGAAUCGAAAGAACAGACUGCAGAAGGGCGAGAACAACAGCAUGGAUUCAUAUUCCUCACUCACUCCUGCACCCACAACGACCACCAUGAUGCCUCCAGCUCCGCUCGCCCUCCAUGCCAAGCGAAAGCACUCCCCUGUUCACACCCCCGGAACCGCCACCGUGGUGACACGAGCAGAUCCAAUCGCCUUCCAUUUUGGAGCAAAACCAUCCCCUGCUCCCACCAGCCACGGAAUUGAAGGUCCCGUUCUCGGCACUCCAUUCGCCAAUCACUCGAACUAUACUCCGUCCUUCGGUCCAGUCUCGACGGGGAAGACGCAACCUCCAUAUUCCAAAGCCGUCGCGUUUGCCAAAGGCAAAGGACAGACCACGAAAACCACGUCGUCUUCUGAGGGGAAGAAGAAGGCAGAAGCAGAACAAGAGCAGGAGCCGGAAUCGGACCCAGAUGAUCGAUCUCCGCUGACGGAAGAUCAGAUGUGGGAGGAGAUGGAAAAGGCACUGCGAAGGAUCGAGAAGAAGAAGAGAUAG